AUGAGUUAUUGGAGUCAGUCACCGACAAAAGGUAGUGGGCAGGUACCAAGUGUGUUGGAUACAAUCAAUUCAAUUGAGAUCAAAGAUGUAGUUAUUUUAGAACAUCCUAUACUAGAUCUUCCAUAUUCAAGUUAUUUAUGUAAAGAUAUUAAUUGUUCUAAAAUGAAAAACAAAGUUUGUUUGAGUGUCAUCAACAAAACUAGUAAUAAUAGAUAUUUAAAUGGUGUUAGAUUCUAUAGUUCUGAGAAAAACAACGACGAUGAUCAUGAUCACAAGAGUAAAGUUUAUCAAUUGAGUCAACAUAUACUUAAAGAGAAAUCGGAUUUCGAACAGCAACAACAAGAUCGUCAACAAGAAAGACAAAGAAACACAUGGAAAUCGAUUAUCAUGAGAAAUGCAAUUUCUUUUGGUGUAUUCGGUAUAUUUUCAAUUGGUAUUGCUGCUUACUUGGCAGGUGCAGAUGAUACAGAGUAUAUGAUAAAAUAUGCAGAUAGGGUAUUGGACGAGAUAUCUAAUUCCUCCGAAUUCUCGAUUGUCGAAUCAAAACUAAAGUUACUCUCAGAGUGUUCAUCGAACAACGAUACAAUCAAAAAGAUACUCUCUUCAAAGAAGAAUAUCAAUCAGUUACUCGAUAUCAUUGAGAACUAUUCAAACAUGGAUUUGAAUAUCUAUGCUGUUAAGAUCAUUGAAAAUUCAUCACUAUACAGUAGUUUAAUACCAAGAAUUGUAAAUCUAUCGAUGACAUCAUUCUUACCUGUGUAUGUUAGAAAGUCAUUGGGUAUUGCCAUUACCAGAAUUGCAACUCAUGAAGAUGCAAGAGUAUCACUUGCAAAUGCAGGUGCAAUCACAGCAUUAGAGCAAUUGAAUUCUGUAAAGUUGAUCAAAUCUCAAGCAUAUAGAACUGCACUGUUGCUCAUUUCAGAUACAUGCUCAAAACACAUCGAUCAACUCAUUGUGACUGACGAAGAGCUUACAUCGAUCAAGAGUUAUGCAUUGGAGGAGAAAGAGAUUCAAUCUAGCACACUCCAAAGCACAAAGAGACAACUAGUGGAAUCUGGUUGGUUACUGUACUUCCAUACAAGUGCAGGUGGUUUCGUAUGGGGUAUGAUUGAAAGCUGGAGAAAUGAACUACCACUUAGAGCAAUGUUAAAGAAUGGAUUUAGAACAUCUAUUGUAACAGCGGCAGUACCAAUCUUUUUCGUUGGUGCAAUGACUACUUUAUAUAAUAACUAUAGAAAACAAUUGGAUACUACAAAGGAGAAGUUCUACUUCUACUUGGCGGGAAUCUACUCGUUAUAUCCAUGGUACUAUAUUCUUCCAAAGAUUGAAAAGUAUGCACCCUAUUGGAUUGGUGGACAUGUACUUGGAUUCAUGUCAUUUUUCACAUGGUUGGUCUACACCAAGAACGAGAUUUUCAAUAGCGAUUCAUUGAUAAUCCAAAAGGACAAAGCAGCACCACCACGCGAACAACUCAUUAAAAUGAUGAAGAAAGAAAAUCAAAUGUUAUUGAUCGAUCAACAACAAACACAACCUACUGAUAAUAACAAAAAGAAAUAA